UCCUAUAAAUAAAAACAGAACAAAUCGGCCAUAUUUUGUAUAUUUCCAAUGAAAAUCAGAAGCUUGGGCUGAUUCGAGAGUUGCGUCGGUGUUAUUUUUGUUGAAACAUGCAAAAGUUUGUAGUUUUUGUUCAUGCAGCAUAAAAGUUGUAAAUGUGAAAAGUUGUGACCGACGAGAUUAUAUUUGUUCAUUAUCUCAAAUCAAUAUGUGGUGAAGAGCAGAAAAGAAAAUUUUCUAUCGAGCGGACAUAUUUGUUUUCAGUUUCUCCAAUUCAUCGGGUAUUACAGUUAUGCCCAGGAAAAACUGCAAUCGAAGUUUGAUGUAAUCGAAAGUGUAAAUGUGGGAGAAAAUGAACAUGCGUCCUCUAAAGAGGCCUCGUCUGGGGCCUCCGGAUGUUUAUCCACAAGAGGCCAAACAACGUGAAGAUGAGUUGACUUCGAUUCAUGUGAAACAUGGUUUUGCAACUGAACAUAAAUUGUCGGAAGAGUUCGGCACGGCAAGAAACUGUAAUGUAACUGCCAGUAAAGUGGGAGCUUAUUUCAAUGCAAUUUUGGCGAGAAAGGAAGAACUGAUGACUCUCCCUGAUUCGGGAAGAAAGAAACAACAGAUUAAUCCUAAGGACAACUUCUGGCCUGUAACAGCAAGGAAUAAAGCCACAUUGGAUACAUGGUUCAAAGAUUUGGCUGGCACAAAGCCCCUGAGCAGUCUGGCUAAAAAAGCACCAAGUUUUAACAAAAAAGAGGAAAUUUUCGCUAUGCUUUGUGAAAAUCAAGUUACGAUGCAGAGAGCGGCUUGGUUUAUAAAACUGAGUUCAGCCUAUACUGUUGCUGUUUCUGAGGCCAAAAUAAAGAAACGUCAAAUGCCAGACCCAGCGACAGAGUGGACCGGCACCCUAAUAAAAUUUAUGAAGGAUUUAAUACCGAAGUUUCAGGAGCAUUUCCAUCAAGGUCUAUCAGGUUCAAUGAAUCAAGAGAAACCAUUUGGAAGCUCAGUAUCCUCUGGACCUUCAGGUGGAAUGACCCCCAAUUCUUGUGUUAAUCCUAACACAUCAACAAUUCCUCCGCCACUUUCGAGUCCGGCAGGAAAUCUUCAUAGUCCGGCAAGCGCAGGUAUUGGCGGAACUGCGUCGCAGCUGUUGAAUCAACAAUCUCCUCCUUCACCUCAAGAGGAACAGAAGCUUGCUCUGAAACAGUGGAACUAUUGUACACAGCUUUGCAAGUAUAUGUACGAGGAGGGUCUUCUAGAUAGAGCAGAGUUCCUAAAUUGGGUCUUAGAUCUGUUAGACAGAAUGAAAAUGUCUCCUGCGACUGAUGACGGAAUUUUGAAGGCCUACCUUCCGUUGGCUAUGCAGUAUUUAUCAGAUUUUGUGCAAUCAGAACGUUUCUCUCGUCGAUUGGCUUACACGGUUUGCAAAAAACUUGCUCACUUGUUGAAUGUUAUGGCAGAGAGUCACAAUCUCAAUCUGAACAAUUCCGAGCAGCAAAAAAAUCAAGAUCCUCCCGAGCAGCAGAAGAAAGGCGAAAGCGACAAAGCUGCGAAAGAUUCAGACAAUAAAGCCGAUGCAACACCUCAUAUAAAUCCUUUUGACACCAUUUUCUCCGAAUAUAUGCGCUGCUCACAUCAUCACGAUAUUUUGUUGCAAUUGUCUGCAAUAAUUCAAGUCAUUACGCUUGAAUGUCCCACGGCUUUGGUCUGGUGUGGUGUCGGAGAAACACGGUCAUCUUCUGUGCUUGCAGGAAGUCCCUUAGAUCAUCUUCCAAUAGCCCCGUCUGCUCUUCCAAUGCCAUCCCGUUGUGAGAAAUCUAACGAAGAGACCAGAAAACAAUUGUUGGAGGCUGAGAAGAGCAUCAAAUUACGUUCAGGUCAUGCGGAAUCUCGUUGGUGUAUCGACAAGUGGCAAACGGCUGCAGGAAAUGCUAGUUUGAAGAUUCUCGCCGUAUUGGAUGCUUUGGAUGGCCACUGCUUUGAUCGAAUGGACACGAAUAAUUCGCUGGAUACACUAUAUCAGAAGAUAUUUCCACCACUCCUGUUACAGAAGGACCCCGCGAACAAUACAUCGGACGCAAAAGAUGUCACCAGCAAACAACCAGAAUAUAAUGUGGAACAGGAUGCGUCGAUCGUGAAGAUUUUAUGUGAAUGGGCAGUUUCUUGGCAGCGCUGGGGAGAGCACCGUGCAAUGGCCGUAGCUUGGUUAUUGGAUAAAAGGCAGAACGAAGUUUUUAGCACAUACGAGAAUGAAAGCGGAAAUAAUGGCAGCACAUCUGACGAUAAGGAUUCUGUUAUAUCCGGCGGGGGACCAGGUGGCGGAUUGCCAAUUUUUCAGAACAUUUUAAUGACAUUUUUAGACAAUGAUGCGCCCAUAUUGGAUGAGAAUGGAACGCAGCAGAACAAAAGUCAGUUCACUAAUCUAGUGCAUUUGUUCAGUGAAUUGAUCAGACAUGACGUCUUUUCACAUGACGCAUACAUGUGCACUCUAAUCUCGAGAGGUGACUUGUUGACAGGGACGGGAACUUCGUUGCUGGAUUCGCAUUCGAGCUGUAAUGCCGGCUUAGGUACUGGACCGAUUUCGAAUAAACCAGCUACUGCCUCGCCCAACAUGAAUCAGGGCCUUGAGGAAGAUGUCAUAACGAAUGAUUUCAAGGCUAAACUAGAAGAUUUAGAUGAUUCUAAUGUUGAUGAUGAUCUGGAUAAAUUAUUGCAACACAUAAAAGAGGAUCAGCAGAACUCGAUGGAUGCACCAGAUAGUCCUAAAGAUCCAGAACAAGCCACUGCGCAGGCUAAUACCGCCAGUAACAAGACGGAGUCUGCUAGUAAGCAUUUUUUGUACACGGAACAUUUUCCAUUGUGUCAAGAUGACCCAAUUUCGCUUCAUGACUGUAAUCAAAGAUACAUUUUACUGUAUGGUGUUGGGAAGGAGCGUGAUGAAAAGAAACACGCCGUCAAGAAGAUGUCCAAGGAGAUUUGUAAAUUAUUUUCGAAGAAAUUCAGUAUAGAUGUCGCCGAAGGUGGAAAAGUGAAAAAACAUUCCAGAAAUGAGUUCAAUUUUGAGGCUACAUCAAACAAAUGUCAGUCGAUGUCGUUCUUCGAUCAGCACGUGGUCACAUGGCAAUGCUCCGUCCAGGUACAGGAAAUGUUGAAUAGUUUCGCGCUUGGAAAUAGUAAUUAUCUUCCAGUUCAAGAACAUGUUGCUUUCUUGUUUGAUUUGAUGGAAUCUGCGUUCAACAUCUACGGAUUGGUUGAUACCUGUAUUCAGAUACUGAAAGAGCUUCCAGAAGUAGAGCAACAGUUGAUGAGUAAGAAUUCGGUGCUUGUUAAAAGCUAUACUACUUCACUCAGUUUGUAUGUAGUCGGUGUUUUGAGGCGUUAUCAUUGCUGUCUACUUUUGUCUCAGGAACAGACAACCGCGAUUUUCGAGGGCUUAUGUCGAAUUGUAAAACAUGUAACAAAUCCCGGCGAUUGUAGUUCUGCUGAACGAUGUAUUUUGGCAUAUCUGUAUGAUCUUUACUCGGCUUGCUCAUCCUUGAAGGCCCGUCCUCAGCAGGAACCAUUCCAUAAUGCUUAUCCAAAGAUCAAACAAGCUCUCUACGCGCCUCUUCAGCCAACACCAUCGGUUCAUACAUACAAUCCGCAGUUUAUGACCGAAAUCAUAGCAUCUCCUCGACGAGGAGGUAAGAUCGAGAUAUCGUGGGCUCGUCAGCUUAACGAGUCUGCAUCGAAUCGAUAUAGCUUUGUAUGCAACGCUGUGAUUGCUGUCACCCGGGACAUUGACAAUGACACAUUGAAUGAUAUCGCGGCAAUGUGCGCAGAGUUAACGGCUUGCUGUAAUGCCCUAAGUACCGAGUGGCUUGGCGUCCUUAUCGCGCUUUGUGGGUCUAGCAAAGAUGCAGGAUAUUAUGUGGACGUUAUCACCCAGGUGGAUAUUCAAAACACUAACAUUCACAAUGCGCUUUCAGUGUUUACCAGUAUUCUUGUUGCACGUCACUGUUUUUCGCUGGAAAAUUUUGUUGCUCACGUUGCUCUGCCAGCAUUAGUACAAGCCUGUAAAGGACGCAGUGAAACAACACCUGAAAUCGAGACAGGAGCACGUCUCUCGUGUCAUCUCUUGCUAAGGCUCUUCAGAACUAUUGAAUGCCCUCAACCUGGAUUGUACUCAGUGAGCACAUCUCCCAAUCCUAUCACAACGGCUGGACUUACGCACAACAUCAAACUGAGUUGCGAUAGGCAUCUACUGGCUGCGGCACACAAAAACAUUGGCGUGGCACCUGUUCUAGCAGUUUUAAAGGGCAUUCUGGUUGUGGGAGAUGCGACCGCAGUUAAAUCCCAAUCAUCGAUUUUUGGAAGCGGCAAACGUAGUGGGCUAAACACUCCUGUACACCCGGGGAGUACUCCGAAGCAUGCAGGAGAUUUAAGCCAUAUUCUAGGUACAAGUGAUCUUUCCAUAAUAGGAAACGCUGAUGAAAGCAUGUUGGAUUUGACGAUGAUUGAUUUGGGGCAACUUUCUCCGACCAGUUCUGUUCGGUUGGUGUCUAGCAGACAACAUAAUGCUAACCAGGAUAGCACUACCAGUCUCUCGGACUUUGCACAGCAUGUCUUACGUCAAAUCUGUUCUCAGGAAUGGGUCCUAGAGCGAUGUCUACAGAAUGCGGAAGAACUCUGCCAGCAAGGAAUGUUGAUCGAUAACAUGCUGACGGCAAAACAAGCUCAGCGUUUGCUGCACAUGAUUUGCUAUCCGGAGAAUGAAUCAAAUCUCAUCGCUGACAUGGAUCAGAAAGCCAUUAUCGUGAGGAUACUGGAGAAUUUGGAGCAAUGGUCAUUGAGAAUUUCAUGGCUGGAUUUACAACUUAUGUUCAAACAAACUAACUGCAGCUCACCCGAGUUGACGAAAUGGUUAGACAUGGUGGCUAGGGCAGCCAUUGAUGUGUUCCAGGUACAUGAUUGCAACGUCAUGGGCUCCUUUCGCCUUAAUGGUAAAAACGAUAGGACUAAACCAUCGAUAUGGUUGGUGGCUCCGCUCGUAUCAAAACUGCCGAGUGCCGUUCAAGGAAGAAUUUUGAAAGUAGCUGGUCAAGUGCUCGAAGGAACCAACAUGUUUAGCAAGACCAAGGAUAACGGAGGUGGAAAUAACAGUAGCAUCGGGAGUCAAGGCGGAAAUAGUAACAGUUCGAUUAGUUCGAAUGGGAGUGUAAUGACAGCGAAGCAAAGCUCUCAGUUGAACCAUCAACCUUUCCUAGGACUUGUACUGACUUGCUUGAAAGGACAGGACGAGCAAAAAGAGGGUCUAUUACAGAGUCUGUAUUCACAGUUAUCACAAUUUCUACAAAAUCGUGAUCUGGAAUCUGUCGGAGGAAUAGAAGAUCCCCAAGGAUUUGAGAAAAUGCUAGAUGCAUUACAACUACGCUACUCACUGGUGGGUGGAUUAUUUGAUGCAAUCCAGAAAAAUUCCACCUCUACUAGCGACUGGGCCAUACUUUUUGCCCAACUCAUCAGCCAAGGAGUGAUUGACUUGAGCAACAAUUCCGAACUAUUCACAACGACAUUAGACAUGCUUGCUACACUCAUACACUCAACGUUGAUCUCGGACAGUCAGUCAGAGCGGGAUGAGACCAAAAAGCAGUACACGAAUCUGAUGAAGAAGCUUCGGAAAGAGCUAGGUGAUAAAAAUAAUCCAUCGAUAAAAUAUGUCCGACAAUUGUUGCCCUUAGCGAAGCAAACAUGUGAGGUAAUCGUUUGUGAGGCCGCCGGAAGCUCAACAGAUGCAAAAGGGAAUAAAAUCAGCAUCGACAGUAUUGAGAAAAAACACGGCCUCCGACUAACGGAUAAGCAACGCGUUAGCGUAUGGGAUUUACUUGAAGGACACAAAAAUCCAGCUCCCCUUUCAUGGGCAUGGUUUGGAGCCGUUAAAAUCGAACGGAAGCCUCUUGCAUACGAAGAAACGCAUCGCUUGUUGAAGUAUCACACACACAGUUUGGUGAAGCCAUCCAGUUACUACUAUGAACCUCUUCCAUUACCACCAGAAGAUUUGGAACCCCUACCGGAUAAGAUGAAGGAAGAUUUGAAAGCGGAUACUCCUACUUCCGAUCAAUCUCCAGCACCAGCUGGCAAGAAAGGAAAAUCUCAGACACGGAAGCGUAAAGCAAAGGGUGCUAAUACACCGCAAAAUCAGCAACAAACUGGUCAACCGCAACUUAUGACCGGUCAGCAACAGGUUGGUCAGCAGUCAGGAUUCCAGGCAGGUCAACAACAACCAAAUCAAAAUCAGCAACACCCGCAACAACAGAUCACUAUGACUCCUCAGCAAACGAUGCAGCAGUUACAGAAUGCCAACCUCGGUCAAAUGCAGAUUGGUGGGCACAUGGGCCAGAUGAAUCCCCAGCAUAUGCAGCAGCAAUACCAACAGCAGAAUCAAAAUCAUUUGAUGGCUCAGCAACUGGCGCAGCAACAAGGAAUGGUACAAGUUUCUCAAGCUGGAGGCAUGGGUGCAAUGAUGGGAGGUCCCCAACAACAACCACAACAAGGACCCAAUCAAAUGGGAUUCGUGGGACCUGGAGCCGGUGGUGUUAACCCAAUGGCAGCUCAGUUGGCUGGGCAAGGAACUGUGGCUGCUGGCAAUCAACAAUGGGGUGGUUACAAUCCAAUGCAGCCACAGCAGCAACAACAGCAACAACAGCAACAACAGCAGCAGCAACAACAACAACAGCAACAACAAAUAUUCUACAAUCAGGGUAUUGUGCAGCCUGGAAUGAAUCGAUUCGAUAGACCCCAGUUAAAUACCAAUCCUAAACAGGUUUUAUCAAAUAUGUUACGCGCACGAAUGCCGAUGGGUGGAGCAAAUCCUGCGGCCGCAGGUUUCAUGCAACAGCAAGCUCAACGUAAUCCGCAACAACCAUUUAUGCGAGGCCCUUUACGACCAACAUUGCCAAAUCAAAUGGUAGGAACUGCAAUGGGUGGAGGUGCAGCGACAACUAUGAUGGGUCAAUCAGGAGGGAGCAUGAUUCAAACCAAUAUACUGAGCCAACAGAAUACCGGUAUGGUGAAUCAAGCCAUGAGCGGUAAUAUAGCAAAUACCGGUAUGGCAGGCAAUGCCCUCAUGGGACAAAAUAGUGGUAAUUCGAAUGCCAGUGGUAUGGGUAAUCCAAAUAUGAUGGGAAUGCAAAAUAUGCAACAAGGAGCCAAUAUGAACGCUGGUAUGGUCAACCAGGGAUUGAAUCCUAAUAUAGGAAACGCUACAAUGGCAGGAAACACAAUGAUGAGUCAAAGUGGCGGUUCAGCGAAUGCAGCAGCAAUAGGCAAUCCAGGAAUGAUGAAUAUACAGAAUAUGCAGCAAAGUGGAAUGCAAUCCGGAAUGUUUCAAGGUCAAGGUGCACCCUAUCAAAACAUCAAUCAAAAUUACCCUAACUACGGCAACCAAGGUAUAGGUCAACAAGGCGGUCAAGGUAUGAUGGGCAACUUUAACCAGAUGGGACAGCAGCAGAGGAAUACACAAGCUGAAUACAUUGCGCAACAAAGAGCAUUGGCUGCUCGCGGAAGUCAAUAUGGACAACACGCUCCCAACGUGACAAUGAAUAAUAUGGUUAACCAGGGAGCAGUCCCACCAUAUCCAAGGCAAGGUGGCAAGCCCGGUGCCACGGCUGUUGCCCAAAACCAGCAGCAGUUCCAGCAGCAACAACGGCUCCGACAACAGAUGAUGAUGCAACAGCAACAAGGGAUGGCUCAGCAAGCAAAUUCUCAAGGUAUGGUGCAAAACCAGGGACAAGGCAUGAAUCAACAGCAGACACCGAAUUUAGUGGCUCAACUACAACGGCAGAUGCCAAAUCAAAAUAGUAUGAUGAGCCAACAGUACACCCAUCAACCUCCGCCGUAUUAAACAAUAAACAGGUGUCCUACGCCUACGCCAUAAUGGCACAUGUUCGAUAAA